AUGAUUCCAUCCAGGUGGAGGCCGCCAUCAACCGCCUGGCCAACAUGCCUCUGCGGGCCUCCUGCACCCACCUCUCUGGGCUCCUAUUUCCACCGCAGUGAUGUGUUUCUGGAGGGCCUGGGACACUUUUUCUGUGAAUUAGCCAAGGAGAAGCACGAGAGCGCCCAGCACCUCUUGAAGAUGCAAAACCAUCCCUCCAGUCGCGCCCUCUUCCAGGACGCGCAGAAGCCGUCCCAAAAGGAGUGGAAUAAAACCCAGGACGCUAUGGAAGCCGCCAUUCUCAUGGGGAAGAACCUGAACCAGGCCCUUUUGGAUCCGCAUGCCCUGGGCUCUGCCCGCGCAGACCCCCGCCUCUGUGACUUCCUAGAGAGCUGCUUCCUAGAUGAGCAGGUGAAACUCAUCCAGAAGGUGGCAACCACCUGA